CUUCCAAGCAAAGCCUCUUAUUCCCUAGUCCUGAGCAACAGCUGAAAAUACAGUAAAGGUGCUGGGCCCUGGAAGGAGGGUAGUUGCUGGGAUCAUCUAUCAGAGAGACUCAGUGGAGAGCAGGACAGGGAUAGCGCACCUGUGGUACAGCAGCCAUGGACUGCACCAGCUCCAGAUCUCACCUGUCUCCAGGAUUGCCUCCACCCUCUACCUCAGCAUCCCUUUCCACCCCAUCAGCCAUGCCAAUACCCCCUGCCGUGCCAAUGCCCACAUCAUACCUACGCCCCCCAGCUCUGUUAUUGAGAGCAGCCGCCGCUGCUGCAGCUGCUGCCUGCUCCCCACGCAUGUCUAUGUCCCUGGACAGAGGAUCUGGGUCAGGUGGAGGGUCCUUGUUUCCAAGGACCCCUAAAUGUGCCCGAUGCCGCAACCACGGGGUAGUGUCAGCCUUGAAAGGGCACAAGCGCUUCUGCCGCUGGAGGGACUGUUCCUGCGCCAAAUGUACGCUGAUAGCGGAGAGGCAGCGGGUGAUGGCUGCGCAGGUAGCGCUCAGGAGACAGCAGGCACAGGAAGAAUGUGAGGUACGUGGGGCACAGCACUUCAUGUACCCAGUGCCUGGCACAGGAAGAGGAGAGACCAAUGGGCAAAGGGCACAGGCACUCCAGGCCUUCCACCAAGAUGGACAUAAAGGCUCUGACGAAACAGUUGAAAAACAAAAUCAAUAUUAUGAAAGAAUAUCAAGAACAAUGCUGCUUUCCCAGUCACAGUCCUCUCCUGCUGGCAUAAUCAAUGUAGGCCAGAGUUUGAAGAGUUCAGGUCCAGAAACCUCAAGCAAAGAAGAUAUGCAAUCUCCAGUAUCAGAAGACCGAUCUGAAGGUGAUGACAGUCAGAGCUCAGUAACUUCUUCAGACCCUGAAUCUGGAAAUGAAAGUGAGUGUCUCAAAGAACAGAGCAUUCCAAAUUCUAAAGUCCCAGCUAUAUCUUCUAGGCAUAGAGAUCCUCUAGAAAUACUUUGUAAAGUCUUCCCAAACCACAAACGAGGCACCCUGGAAAGCAUUUUGCAAUAUUGUAAAGGGGAUGUGGUCCAAUCCAUUGAACUGGUUUUAAAUGGAAAAGAACACAAGAACGAUGCCAAGAAUACUGGAAGUCCAUCAGGAUCUGAUCUUGGAACCUUUCAGCGAGAUUCAACUUUCAGUGUCACUGGUUUAGGGUUUGAUACAUUUGGAACUAAAUCUGCCUUUUCUCCUCUUUACACAAAUGUAUCCACUGUUGGAGGUGAUGCAAGUAUCUUUAAUCCUAGACUUGGGCUUAGUCCAUUGCGUUUGGCUUAUUCUACAUCUAACAGAGGACUCCCUGGGUUUAUGUCACCCUACAUAACAUCUGGGCUUAUCCCAUCUUUUCCUUUCCGACCCGGAAUGGAUUACUCAUUCCCUAGUAUGUUUCGGGACUCUUCUUAUUAUCCACGUAAGGAUACUAUGGCUGCUACAGGACUUUACACCAGGUUGAAUCAAGAAAAUCAGUAGCAUUCUUAUAUUCUUACUUAAUAUACAACAAAAGCCUCCACAGUGACCUUACUUGAGUGACCAUAACAGACUGUAGCUCAGAUGGAAUGUAUUUUUAGAUAUCAUUUGUAGUUAAUUAAACAAAUUUACAGGUAUUUGUUAUUCCUUCUAAUACCAAUAAAAUAUUUCUUAUGAUGAAAUUAUAUUAUUUUAUGUAUUAAUGCAAUAAAAGAG